AUGAGUUUAGUAAACAGAAGGCUAUUUAGUAUUGUGCAACCAUGUUUGCAACAUACGUCACAUCCGAGGUUUGUUGAUACAAUCAAGGAGACGUCGAAACCGGCACAGGAACGGUCGUAUGAGAUUACAAGACCAAUUGGGUUGGAAUCGCCUGUUUUGCUUAAUCACAAGCUAUCAGACACUUACUCCCUUUCCAAUGUAGGGAAUGAACUAUUUGGCGCUCAGGCCAAAGAGAGGCGACAGAAGUAUUUGGACUAUGAUUUAAAGCAUUCACCUAUAUUUGACGCUAAAUCAUUUCGCAACACAAAUGGCAAGAUAUUUACUCCUCCAAUUUCAUGGUUUAAACUGGAAAAAUCAUUGUAUUUUCCUGAUUUCGUAGCCAAAACACUAAUAGGUGACAAGGAAAGCUUAUACGGUUUAUUGAGAGCGAAAUAUAGUAUUGUCCGGUUAUUUUCCUCAGUAACAGGUGACGAAUGUACCAAGACGUAUUUCAAAGUUGAUAACAAUGACUUUUACACUAGCAGCUAUGCGCAGUUUACUCAGGAAUUUCCCAAGUUUCAAAUAAUUGACAUCAACAUGCCUACUAGUUGGAUUAAAGGUUUCAUUUUGAGCUUGUCUUUAUCCAAUUUGAAAAAGACAAUACCGCCAGAGAGGUGGAAUCAGUACUUUAUUUUACCAAAUCAUCUUUUACCUCCGGAUAUACGAGAAAAGCUACACUGUGAUAACCAAUGUUCAGGUUAUAUUUACAUAGUUGAUUCUGUGGGGAAGAUAAGAUGGGCAACUAGCGGAUAUGCAACUACUGAUGAUUUGAAAUUGAUGUGGAAAGUCGUUAGGGGUUUACUGAGAGAAUCAACAAACCAAGUUUUGUAA